CCCGUGUCGCUAGGCAUUGUGGGAGCCGCAGUCGUCGCGAGUAGUAGGAGGAGGAGGAGGCCUCAGGUCCGCUGCGUCUCCGCCUCGCGGAAUCGCUCCUCGGUUCGUCCUGCCGGAGCGCAGCGGUGACAGCGCCGCCACCGAUAACGGCAGCAUCAGGGUGGGCGCGAUAAUAACGACCGUGACGACGAUCUUGAACCUUGUAAAACGUUCAAGUGAGGCGCGACUGAAAGCUUCUACUAAACCUAGAUAGUCUAGUCAUUGCUUGGGAUGCAACCCUAAGCCUUCGGGUGCGGCAAGACCCGGAUAGUCAAGAGUGGUGGAGAGAGGCAGGCGCCCAGCUUUGGAGGAGGACGCUCUGUGCGCCGUGAGGUCAAGAAGAUGUCUGCGAGCAGAGCCCCAAACCCGCAUGGCCUCAAACAAAUCGGCCUCGAUCAGAUAUGGGAUGAUCUGAAGGCGGGCAUCCAGCAGGUGUACACACGACAGAGCAUGGCCAAAUCACGCUACAUGGAGCUCUACACACAUGUUUACAACUACUGCACGAGUGUGCACCAGGCCAAUCAGGCGCGCUCGGGGGCGAUGGCCAACACCAGCAAGAACAAGAAGGGUCAGCCAUCGGGUGGUGCGCAGUUUGUGGGCUUGGAGCUCUACAAGCGUCUCAAGGAUUUCCUCAAGAUGUACCUCCUUAACCUCUUGAAGGAUGGUGAGGACUUGAUGGACGAGGGUGUGCUGAAAUUUUACACUCAGCAGUGGGAGGACUACCGCUUCUCCAGCAAGGUGCUCAAUGGCAUCUGCUCUUACCUCAACCGCCACUGGGUGCGGCGAGAGUGCGAUGAGGGCCGGAAGGGUAUCUACGAGAUCUACUCGCUUGCACUGGUGACGUGGAGGGAGUGCCUCUUCAAACCUCUCAACAAACAGGUCACCAAUGCAGUAUUGAAGCUGAUUGAGAAGGAACGAACUGGAGAGACCAUCAACACCAGGCUCAUCAGUGGUGUUGUUGGGUCUUAUGUUGAGCUUGGUCUGAAUGAGGAUGACCUGCAUGCCAAGGGACCCACGUUGUCCGUCUACAAGGAGGCCUUUGAAUCACAGUUCCUGCUGGACACUGAGCGCUUUUAUACGCGCGAGAGCACAGACUUCCUUUCACAGAACCCUGUCACUGAGUACAUGAAGAAGGCUGAGACACGCCUGCUGGAGGAGCAGCGGCGCGUGCAGGUGUAUCUGCACGAGAGCACGCAUGACGAGCUGGCUCGCAAGUGCGAGCAGGUGCUCAUCGAGAAGCAUUUGGAGAACUUCUACUCGGAGUUCCAGAAUCUGCUCGAUGAUGACAAGAACGAGGACCUGGCGCGCAUGUACAGCCUGGUGUCACGCAUCCUGGAUGGCCUCGGCGAGCUGAAGAGCCUCCUUGAGACGCACAUCCACAACCAGGGCCUCUCCGCCAUCGAGAAGUGUGGAGAGGGCGCACUCAAUGACCCAAAGAUCUACGUUCAGACGAUUCUGGAUGUCCACAAAAAAUACAACGCGCUGGUCAUGUCUGCAUUCAACAAUGAUGCGGGAUUUGUAGCAUCACUGGACAAGGCAUGUGGGCGCUUUAUCAACACCAAUGCAGUCACUAAAAUGGCCCAGACGUCAAGCAAAUCCCCGGAGCUCUUGGCACGCUACUGUGACUCCCUGCUGAAGAAGAGUUCAAAAAAUCCUGAGGAAGCAGAGCUAGAAGACACACUUAACCAAGUGAUGGUGGUGUUCAAGUACAUUGAGGACAAGGACGUUUUCCAGAGGUUCUACGCCAAGAUGCUGGCCAAGCGACUCGUCAACCACAAUAGUGCCAGUGACGACGCAGAAGCCAGUAUGAUCUCCAAGCUUAAGCAAGCUUGUGGGUUCGAGUACACGUCCAAGCUGCAGCGCAUGUUCCAGGACAUUGGGGUCAGCAAAGACCUCAACGAGCAGUUCAAGAACCACCUGGCCAACUCUGAGCCACUAGACUUGGACUUCAGCAUCCAAGUAUUGAGCUCUGGCUCCUGGCCUUUCCAACAGUCCUGCACCUUCGCUCUACCAUCUGAGCUUGAGAGGAGCCACCAACGUUUCACCACGUUCUACUCAAGCCAGCACAGUGGCCGCAAACUCAGCUGGCUCUAUCAGCUGUCCAAAGGGGAGCUGGUCACCAACUGCUUCAAGAACCGCUACACAUUGCAGGCGUCAACGUUUCAGAUGGCGGUUUUGCUGCAGUACAACUCUGAGGAUGCCUACACCGUACAGCAGCUGCAUGAGAACACGCAGAUCAAAAUGGACAUUUUGGUGCAAGUGUUGCAGAUCCUGCUCAAGUCUAAGCUUUUGGUGUUGGAAGAUGAAAACACAAAUGUGGAUGAGGUGGACCUGCAGCCAGAGACUCUCAUCAGACUGUUUUUGGGCUACAAAAACAAGAAGCUGAGGGUGAACAUCAACGUGCCGAUGAAAGCAGAACAGAAGCAAGAACAGGAGACAACACACAAAAACAUAGAGGAGGACCGCAAGCUCGUCAUCCAGGCUGCGAUUGUGCGCAUCAUGAAGAUGCGGAAGGUGCUCAAACACCAACAGCUGCUGGCUGAGGUGCUCAACCAGCUGUCUUCCCGUUUCAAGCCACGUGUGCCCGUCAUCAAGAAAUGCAUCGACAUGCUCAUAGAGAAGGAGUACCUGGAGAGGGUAGAUGGAGAAAAGGACACCUACAGUUACCUGGCCUAGGCGAGGUGUUUGUGGCUGGGCAUCCCCCCGCCCACCACCAUCUGCUGGCGCUAUGGUUCUGCAGCAAGCAGACGCUGCAGUUUAUUUGAACUCCCUGUGGCUUCAACAUCCCUGGUCAUGCGCCUCGCGGUGAAAGGAACCGAACCGGCACUGCUCCCUUAUAUGUAAAUUGUGCUGUUUAUAUUAUAUACUAUUUUAUUUUACCAGGCAAAGCCCACUGAGCGAUUAGCCAUUUUUCAGGUGACCUGGCCACAUGUGAUAGCUCAUCAAGUGGCUUGUAUCAUGUGGGAAUUUAUAGUAGCCAAUAAUCUAAACGCAUGUUUCUAAACGUGGAGGGCAAAACCGGAGGACCCGGAGAAAAACCAUGCGACCAUGGGGAGAACAUGCAAACUACAAAUAUACAGGCAUCUUCAGGGUCGAUCGAACCCACGACCUCCUGCAUAUAAACUUGUGCAUACUUGACGAGAAGUCGCAUGUAUAAAAAAAAGCACGCUGUCACCAGCAGCUUCACCAUGGACUGAACGUCAUUUUAAGCAUCUGGCUUCAUUGCAAGUUGUAAGAAAAACCCCACUGUCUACUGCCAAGUGUCUAUUGGAACAUUUAAGUGUAACUUCAUUGUGUAAUAUACACUUUUUUGGUUUGCAAUGUUUUGCUGUAUCCACUCAAGUUGGUAUUGUAAAGGAAGGCCAGGAUUGUUUCUUGGGUUGUAAAGGUCAGUUGAUUAGAAAACCAUAACAUAACUGAAUAUAUUGAUGGUUUAUUUGCUUAAAGGUGAUGCGUCUCCAUUGUUUCCUGCAUGGCUUGCUGCAACGAUGGUUUUGUUUGGCUUUUUUCCCACUUCAAGUGGAAACUGAGCCCUUUUAAACAAAUGUCCUUUAACUUGCCUUCAAUACGAAUAACAUUGGUCUGCCAGUGGCUACAUAAAGCGUUUUAAAGAUUAAAUGAAAAAGGUGUGAAAGUGUGCGUGCACGAAGAA